GUUCGGGGCGGGCACGAGUGCUUACCAUUAUCAUUCGGCUUCGAAGUGGCGCGGUGCGUAGCGGUUCCGUUGCUUCCUGUACAUCGUCCCACCUCGCGCGGCUGGCCGCGCUUCCUGCGAAGCCCUCAGUUUCAGAUUCCUCUGCCUACGCCUAUUUUUGCAGCACGCAAUCGUCUAACUGCUCGCUCUCUCCUCCGUUUAUUUUCCUCACCCAUCUGCUCCCAAACGCGGUGCUCUUCCGGCCACAUCCAACAGUCUUCGCUAGGAUCAGAAAUUAAAAUGAUGGAUGACAUGGAGAAAAGAUUUUCUGAUAAAAAACUUUAUGAAAGAAUGCGCUUGUGGGAAUUUGCAGACAAAUAUAUCUUUGAACCAAUCGAUAGUGCCAUUACUGAUUCUUAUCUAUCAAUCAGCCGGACAGAUGGAUCAAUGAAUUUAAUUGGGGAGCUUCCACAAUGUGGCGAUAUGCAAUCGCCAAAUGUUCGCCUUGUUUUUGGUGUGAUUGGCAUGCUUAGACUUAUUGUAGGUUCUUAUCUGUUUGUAAUUACGGGUCGUGAAUGUGCUGGAACUUACUUGGGCCACCCUAUAUACAAAGUUUCUACCCUUGGGAUCUUGCCUUGCAACCUCUCGCUUGAUGGUUCCUCUGCUGAACUGAAAAAGAUGGAAGCUGAAUUCUCAACCCUCCUAGGUGCUGCUGAAAAGACCCAUGGUCUCUAUUUCUCUUAUGAUGUCAAUUUGACCCUCUGUGCUCAGAGGCUACAUGAAUUAGGUGAUGAAUCUAAAUUUCUUCCUCUUUGGAGACAGGCAGAUCCGAGAUUUCUUUGGAAUGAUUACAUAUUGGAAGCACUCGUUGAUAACAAAUUAGACCCAUACAUACUUCCUGUCAUGCAAGGAAGUUAUCAGCAUUUUGAAGCAGCACUUGGUACAAAUAUUGUUGACGUGUCACUCAUUGCUCGCAGAUGUACAAGGAGGACAGGUACCCGUAUGUGGAGAAGAGGAGCUGAUUUAGAUGGUUAUGUUGCAAACUUUGUUGAAACUGAACAGUUAAUGCAUGUAAAUGGAUUCACAGCAUCUUUUUUGCAAGUUCGUGGUUCCAUACCAUUAUUAUGGGAACAGAUUGUCGAUUUAACGUAUAAACCUCCAUUUCAAAUUGUGCAACCUGAUGAGGGGCCUCGUGUAGCUCAGCGCCACUUUAUGGAUCUUGUUAAAAGAUAUGGAUCUAUCAUGGCUGUUAAUCUUGUGAAUAAGCAUGGUGGUGAGGGACGUCUAAGUGAAAGAUUCACAAAAGUUAUGGAGACUAUCACUAAUUCUAGCAUAAGAUAUGUACAUUUUGACUUUCAUGCGAUAUGCGGACAUAUCCAUUUUGAACGUCUCUCUCUCCUUUAUGAUCAAAUUGAAGAUUUUUUGAAACGUCAUAGGUACUUUCUCUUAGAAGUUGAAGGUGAGAAGGUCCAGGAACAAACAGGUGUUGUAAGAACGAAUUGCAUUGAUUGUUUAGACAGGACAAAUGUUACACAGAGCAUGAUUGGGGGAAAAAUGUUAGAAAGCCAGCUGAAUCAAAUUGGAAUUUUUGGUGAUGAUGAAGCUAUCAGUGCUUAUUCUUUUUUUGACACAUGCUUUAAGAAAAUGUGGGCUGAUCAUGGAGAUGAUAUCAGCAUCCAGUACUCUGGAACUUCUGCUUUAAAAGGAGACUUUGUCAGGUUUGGGAAGCGAACUAUGGAUGGAAUUGUAAAAGAUGGUAUUAACUCCCUAGUUCGAUAUUACCUUAACAACUUUGCAGAUGGGAUUAAGCAGGAUGCGGCCGAUCUAUUACAAGGACAUUACAUCUUUUCAAGCAGUCGAGGUCUGCCUUCUCCAUCCCAAUCUCUUGGUGUGGAGGUCUUUGCGUCUGUGAGAGUAGCUUCGGGAGUCGUUUUGGCUGGAGUAAUGUUUGCCAUGUUGUCAUUUAGAAAAGCUCAAUAUGAUCUCCGACAUCUCCUAUAUGCUCUAUUCUGGUUGGGACUUAGCGUCGGAGUUGCAUCAGUUGUCAAAGCUCACGGUCGAAUGUUCACAAACCAACCUCGCCUUUUCAAGUCACGGCAUUAACAAACAAAGAAGCAAAUCAUCACACGGAGCCGGCUAGAUGAUUGAUUCGAGGUGCAUAAGGCUUGUCUCCAAUCCUUCUUACUUAUUCCACAUACGAUGAGGAACUCAGGGUAUCCUGAGAAUGCAACAAGUUACGACUGUAACACAUAGUUUUCAUUUUUUAUUCAUAUAAUGUAUUCAUUCUUUUGAGAUGAUAAUUUACCUUCAUGAUUCUAUAAUUUUCAAUUUGUGUGCGCGCGCGUGGUGACGAGUUAGUUAUCUUUGUUGGUUUAUGAUGAU